CAAUACUUAGCUCAUUUUGGCCGAUGUUCUAGCUCAGCCUGCAUCAGCCGUCGUUUUUCGCCAUAGCUGCGCCAAUGUGUGUGGUUCAAAGACUGGCGAGCCGACCCUAUGCGGCGAGAGAAUGAGCGUAUUGUAUACAGGACCGACUUUGACAAGUACGUCUUGAUCUCCAACUUCGAGCGCUUGGGGUGGACUCGCUCGACAGACGAGGACUUCGACAUCUAUUGGGCCUCAGUUCACAACGUCAGAGGCCUCUUCAAUCCUGAAGUUCUCUCAAAAAGACUUCGAGAUGGACAGGUGGUCAACCACUUUCCCAACCACUAUGAGCUUACCCGAAAGGACCUGAUGGCCCGCAACAUCAAGCGGUACCGGCGUGAACGUGAGCGCCAGGCGCUCCAGGAACAAGCGGAGGAGAGCCUCAGCUCCUUCGCUUCCUUCGCUGCGCGGAAGAAAGGUCAAUCGGAGCCCAACCUCUCGAUGCCUCAAGUAGAUCGAGUGCCACCAGAGUGGGUCCCUGCGACCUACUCGUUGCCAAAUGACUAUGCAAUCUUUGUGGAGGAGUUUCGCAAGAGCCCAAACUCCACAUGGAUCGCAAAACCAACAGGCAAAGCGCAGGGUCGUGGGAUCUUCCUCGUCUCCAAACUGAACCAACUCAAAAGAUGGUCCAACGCACCGAAGGAGAAGAAUCAACAGGGGCAGCCCCUGCCUUUUCGCGAGCCCUACAUCAUUUCGCGUUACAUCAGCAACCCAUUAUUGGUCGGGGGCAAGAAGUUUGACAUGAGACUGUAUGUCUUGGUCACCAGCUACAGGCCGCUAAAGGUGUUUUUGUACCGUGGGGGCUUCUGUCGUUUUUGCGUCGAACAAUACAGCACAGAUGUUGCUGAGAUCGACAACAUUUUUGUGCAUUUGACCAACGUGGCCAUCCAAAAGCAGGCGGAGGACUACAAUGAGCAACACGGAGGGAAGUGGGCAAUUAGUGAUCUGAUGCUCUUCAUUGAGAGUACACGCGGAAGAGCAGCGAGUGAGAAGCUUGCAUCCGAUAUGGAGCAAAUCAUCGUGCACACCUUGAAGGCUGUUCAGGGCAUCAUUGUCAAUGACAAGCACUGUUUCGAGAUGUACGGCUUUGAUGUUCUCAUCGACAAAGACUUGAGGCCGUGGCUCCUGGAAGUGAACGCAUCGCCAUCAAUGACCACCACCACAGAGGAUGACCGACUGCUCAAGCUGCGGCUCAUCAACGACGUGCUCAAUAUUGCCAUACAAGAGAAAAGAGGACAGCUUGAAGGCUGCGACGAUGACUUGAUCCUGGGUGAUUUCGCAUCUCGGAGUUGAUUUCACAUCUCCAGUCUUCACAGUGGAGCGGUCUAUGAUCUGUUUCGAGCUUCGAAGUCUCACCUCGCAGGCAUGUAUUUUCGAUGAGAAGCCCAAAGUGAAUCUCGGAACUCGGUCUGGUGAAGAUCCGCGGAGCGAGCGGAAUGAGCGAAGCUCAAGCAGAGGACCCAGGCGGAGCAACAGCUUUUCUAGGACUGGAUACUGGAGAUAGAUGGCAGCCCCUGAUUCAUCCGCAUCACUGAGCUUCUGUCAAGAAGCACAGAAAGCUGACUCCGGUCCGGGAAGUUCGCACAGUCGCAAUCGCUGCGAGAAGAUCUCCGCGUCGAUGCUCCCAGAGCCGUGCACGGUCGUCGGAACAGCGAGCAGAACUGGACAGCGGCUCGCAGUCGUUGGAAUUGCGAUAGGAUCUGGGGCAGUUGGAGAGCGCUCGUUGGAAUUUGGAG